CGGAGGGGCGCUGCGUAGAGGGAGCGAGCAGGCGGGUCGGGCCCGGGAAGGCCGGAGGCUUCAUCGCGCCCCAUCCCCGCUGGAGUAGGGGAAAAAGCCGCCGAAAAGCCGUGAUCCGCCUCCGUUGGAGCGUGCUUUCGGCGCCCGCUGAGCUUUUGUUUCCGUUCGCGCAGCGCCCGAGCGCCCACCGCCCAGCUUUUGUCUUCUCCCGGCUCUUGUGGGGAAGGCGCGGCCAAGAUGGACCCCUGUCACACCGAGGAGACCGAGGGCGAGAUCCCCGGUUUGGGCUUCAGUGACCGAAGCGAGCAGAUUGUUUCACGUGGGGUAGCGUCAGCAUUUGAAGCUGCAACCACAGAAACUGAGGCGGAGCCAAACCUCACCCCCAAUGUGAUGCUCAACACGGAGAGCAGUGAGGGAUAUGUGGUGAAAGUCAGGGGGCUCCCUUGGUCCUGCUCCACUGAGGAGGUGCAGAGGUUUUUCUCCGAUUGCAAAAUUCUGAACGGGGCUUUGGGUAUCCGUUUCAUCUACACCAGGGAGGGCAGACCAAGCGGAGAAGCAUUUGCUGAACUUGAGUCAGAGGAGGAUGUGAAAUUGGCUCUCAAAAAAGACAGAGAAACAAUGGGACACAGAUAUGUUGAAGUUUUCAAGUCAAACAACGUUGAAAUGGAUUGGGUUCUGAAGCAUACUGGUCCCAACAGCCCUGAUACGGCUAAUGAUGGUUUUGUACGUCUUAGAGGACUCCCAUUUGGCUGUAGUAAAGAAGAAAUUGUACAGUUUUUUUCAGGGUUGGAAAUCGUGCCAAAUGGGAUAACAUUGCCGGUGGACUUCCAGGGGAGGAGUACGGGGGAGGCCUUCGUGCAGUUUGCUUCACAGGAAAUAGCUGAAAAGGCUCUAAAGAAACACAAGGAAAGAAUAGGGCACAGGUACAUUGAGAUCUUCAAGAGUAGUCGAGCGGAAGUGCGCACUCACUACGACCCUCCACGCAAGCUGCUGGCAAUGCAGAGACCUGGUCCUUACGACAGACCCGGUCUUACGCGGGGAUAUAACAGUCUUGGUAGAGGAAGUAGCUUGGAAAGAAUGAGGCGUGGAGCUUACGGAGGAGGUUAUGGAGGUUAUGAUGACUACAAUGGGUAUAAUGAUGGCUAUGGUUUUGGUUCUGAUAGAUUUGGAAGAGAAUGGACUCUUUUCUCUGCAGGAAUGUCGGACCACAGAUACGGCGACGGGGGAUCCACCUUCCAGAGCACGACCGGCCACUGCGUCCACAUGAGAGGUCUGCCUUACAGAGCUACGGAGAACGACAUCUAUAACUUCUUCUCACCUCUGAACCCUGUAAGAGUACACAUCGAAAUUGGACCUGAUGGCCGAGUAACUGGAGAGGCAGACGUUGAGUUCGCUACUCAUGAGGAUGCAGUGGCCGCUAUGUCCAAAGACAAAGCAAAUAUGCAACACAGAUAUGUAGAGCUCUUCCUGAAUUCUACAGCAGGAGGAAGUGGUGGUGCCUAUGGCAGUCAGAUGAUGGGAGCAAUGGUCAAGGAAUCGGAAGGGGUAGUCCAAGAUUGGAACACUAGCACAUUGCCAGGAAGCCAAUCCAGUUAUGGAGGCCCAGCUAACCAGCAGCUGAGCGGGGGUUACGGAGGAGGAUAUGGUGGUCAAAGCAGCAUGAGUGGAUAUGACCCCGGGAGCCAGGGCGCCAUGAACAGCAGCUACUACAGCAGCGGGAACCGCGCGUCCAUGGGAGUCAACGGCAUGGGCGGCAUGUCGAACAUGUCCAACAUGAGUGGUGGCUGGGGGAUGUAACCAAUUGCUGACUUUUGGUCAAAUCUUUUUUUAAAAAACAAAAAAACAAAAAACUAAGUUUAACAGUUUUGCAAUACAAGCUUGUGAUUUCUGCUUUACUGUAAGUGAAUUCAGGAUUGUUAUUUUAAAACCUUUCAGGUUCAGUAUUUUUGAACAUACAGAAAUUGAACAUUCAUCUAGGAUGUAAUAACCGAGUAAAGACUAUAACUGUUAAACAAUUUUGAGCGUUUCUCAAGUUAGUUUUGUUGUAGGAGUGUAUUUAAGCAGUAAGCGUAUUUAGGUUAAAGCUGUUUGAAUUACGUUAAAUGUUGCUCUUAUACCAUAUUACAUCGACACUGUUUUGAAUACAUGUUGGAAGAGACAUGCUUUUUUGUAAAGAAACAAUAUAUAGGAGCUGUGUCUGGAAUUCAAAGUGAACAUUUGGCAUGUUAGUUCUAGGUUAUUUCUUUUAAUAUCCUGUAAGGCACGUUAAAGCUUUUUUUUUUUAAGUUAAUGGGGGAAACAUGUUGAGACGCAAUACGGCUACUUUAGGAUUUUGGUCUUGGUGUUCGUAUAAAAUUCUGAGGCCUUGAUUUAAUCUCUCAUUGUAUCGUGAUUUCCUUUUUAGGUGUAUUGCGCUAAGUGAAACUUGUUAAAUAAAUCUUCCUUUUAAAAACUGGAACUCA